AUGGAUCCGCUGGACCGGGUGGUGAAGCCUAAAACAAAGAGGGCAAAAAGGUUUCUUGAGAAUAGAGCACCAAAGCUCACGGAGAAUACGAAGAAUGCUAUGUUCAUAAAAGGUGGAAAUACAAGUUUAACAGUCACUGAGGCACUCAAGGACAUUUAUGCUCUGAAAAAGCCAUUUGGUGUUCUUUAUAAAAAAAAAAACAUUACAAGACCCUUUGAAGAUCAAACGUCAUUGGAAUUUUUUUCCAAGAAGUCUGACUGUUCUUUGUUCCUGUUUGGAUCACAUAACAAGAAGAGGCCCAAUAAUCUGACAAUAGGUCGUAUGUAUGAUUAUCAUGUCCUGGAUAUGGUUGAGUUGGGCAUUGAGAAGUUUGUACGUCUUAGAGACAUCAAGAACAGCAAGUGUUCUGAAGGAACAAAGCCUAUGUUGAUAUUUGCGGGUGAGGCAUUUGAUUUAAGUGAAGACCAUCGAAGAUUACGAAGUCUUCUAAUCGAUUUCUUCAGAGGCCCUACUGUGUCCAGUGUACGCCUGGCAGGUUUAGAAACUGUUCUUCACUUCACAGCUGUGGAUGAAAAAAUCUUUAUGAGAAGUUAUAAAGUAUUGUUGAAGAAGUCUGGUUGCAAAAUACCAAGGAUUGAACUUGAAGAUAUGGGACCGUCACUAGAUUUGGUGAUAAGGAGGACACAUUUGGCUUCAGAUGACCUUUAUAAGUUAUCUCUAAAGCAGCCUAAAGCUCUCAAGCCAAAGAAGAAGAAAAAUAUCUCCCAUGAUGCGUUCGGUACAAAAUAUGGACGGAUCCAUAUGCAGAAACAAGAUCUGGAUAAACUGCAGACUAGAAAAAUGAAAGGAUUAAAGAAAAGGCCAGCUGAAGUGAAGACUGGAAAUGAAUACAGUCCAAAGAAAGCAAAGUUGGGAUGAUAAACUGGAACUGGAUAGCAUACUUGACUCUGAUGCUGUUCUGAGUUUUAAACAUCAUAUAUGCCUGAAAU